AUUUCUGACAGUUUGUUUCUUCUUAACGACUGCUUGUUAUAUUUUUGAAUGAAAAGUUAAUUUUGAAUAAAGUCUCCAAGGAUUAUAAUCCCUAAACAUGAGUGAUGUUAUGCAAAAUAUGCAAGAACAAGAUACAUAUGCUAAAACAACUGUUUUACGCCGAAGAAUAUUGAAAAAGGCACAAGACAGUAUUGAUCAAGUAUCAACACUCAUUAAGGAGAAAAUUCCAUGUGCUGGUCAUUAUUUAUCACCCAAAAGACUUUGGCUUAAAAGGAUAUCCACACCUAACUGUGAUGUUGUUAUUGUUUUCCCACAAGGCACUCAGGACUCUAUAUUGUUGUGGUUGUUAUCUAGACUGAGGCAAUCUACUGGGCUCACUAUUCAUGUUAGACAUCAUGCUUCCACUCAAAGUAGUGCUUUCUAUGUAACUGCUCCAUCAUCAGUCUUGUUAGAUGCUGCAGAAGAAUAUCAUCUUCCAAAAUCUCUAAAAUCAAUCAAAGGUGGGGGUGUUAAAGAAUUUUAUGUGCAAGAUUUUCAAAGUUAUGAAGGCUCAGAAGAUGAAAAGAAUUUUUUCACCUCUGAAGAAAGGCAAUGGUUGAUAUUGAGGCUUCUAGAGUGUAUAAGAGCAAAAUCUAGUGAUUUAUUAGCAAUACCAGAUCUUCCUCUCCUUAAAGGGCAACCUAUCAUUCCCAAAUGCUUAAUAUCAGGUGUCAUAAAUCAGGUAUUUCCACUUCAUGAUCAUAGGAUGUUGGAAAAACUGCAGAAAUCAUGGGUUAGGGAUGUAUUUGCUAAGCAGCCAUUGGAUGAAAUCACUGAAUACUUUGGGGUUAAAAUAGGAAUGUAUUUUGCUUGGCUUGGACAUUAUACAACCGCUUUGAGCAUUCCAGCUAUUGUAGGAACAUUAUUUUCGCUAUGUUGUACUGGAAAAUAUCAAGCAGUAGAAGAUAUUGGUUAUGUAUUAUUUUCUAUUUUCAAUGUUAUAUGGGUUACUACAUAUCUUCAAGCUUGGAAAAGAUAUUCAGCUGAACUUGCAUUCAGGUGGGGUACUUUGGAUCAAAGGGAUGAUUUGCUAGCAGAUCCAAGGCCACUUUAUAGGGGUACUCUAGAGCCCAGCCCUGUAACUGGAAGAUUAGAAGCAUUUCAUCCAUCAUGGAAGAGACAUGUUUUCCGUUAUUGUGUGACAGUUCCAGUUAUAAUAUUAUGGCUGGUGACAGUAUUCAUUGUUAUGAUUGUUUCACUGCAAAUACAGGAUUGGUGGGAUAAUUUCUUAAGGGCUAGGUACUUCCCCAUGUGGUUAGGCUAUUUGCCAAAAAUCAUGUUAGCAAUUGUUAUAUCACUAAUGGAUGAAGCUUACUUCAAAGUUGCAAUCUGGUUGAAUGAUAAAGAAAACUACCGACUUGAGACCAAAUAUGAGAAUCAUCUAAUCGGCAAAGUGGCCUUGUUCCAGUUUGUGAAUUCCUUUCUCUCCUUAUUCUAUAUUGCAUUCUAUCUUCAAGACCAAGAUCGGUUGAAACAGCAACUGGCUGCCUUGCUCAUUUCCCGGCAAGUGCUGGGUAAUCUGAAAGAAUCGGCUCUGCCGUACAUCUUAGGGCACUUGCGGUUAGCCAGAAUGAGUUUCGAUCUUUGGGGUGCGCUUAGUCCAGUCGGAAAUAGAUCUCCACCAGGAGCAGAGGAGGAAAACGAUCAGAAUUCCCAGAAUAGCAAUUUGCCAAACGAAACAAGAAGCCAAUCGCAUUCGGCCGAAAGAAGGAGUAUAAGCCAGGCCGAAUUGGAGAGCUCUCUGUAUAAGUAUGAUGGAACCUUUGCCGAUCACUUGGAAAUGACAAUACAAUUAGGUUAUGUGAUACUCUUCUCUUCCGCAUUUCCCUCUGCUGCAAUGUGUGCGAUGUUUAACAAUCUCUUAGAAAUAAGAACUGAUGCUUUCAAAUUAGCUUAUGUUUGUCAGAGACCUUUCGGUCAGAGAGUGCCCAAUAUCGGUACUUGGCAGAAUUGCAUGGAGUACAUCAGUAUCGUAGCUGUCCUUGUUAAUUGCGCCCUUAUAGGUUUAUCGGGUCAGGUGCAUCGAAUGUUUCCGGAAAUGUCCGCAACACAAACGAUACUGCUCAUAGUAGCUCUAGAGCAUAUAAUGUUAGUUAUAAGAUUCAUUAUAACAUGUGCGAUACCUGAUAUACCCGGUUGGUUGGCAACCGAAAUGGCUAAAAUAGAAUGGGCUAGAAGAGAAGCAAGCAGAUCAACUAAUACAACUUCCUCCACUCCGGAGGAUCAAAAUUAUCAGACCAUAGGCAGGUUUUCUGUAUCACCUAGCCAUAGCCUGGUGACUGAUAACAAAACGCUUGAUAAAAAGCAAAGAUCUGAUUCCAAGGAAGGGAUUAAAUCGCUAGCUACAUCCCCCGCGGGAACCAGUUCCUCGUCUUCUACUUCCAGUACCACUUUACAACAUAAACUAGUCAACAUCGCACCAGGCGCAAUUAAAGAGAUACCUCCCUUCAGACCCAGGAAGUCAAAGGAAUGGCAACCGCCCGAGAGUGAAGGCUCCUACCAUUUGACAAUCGGUCCAAGUGGCGGUGUGGAGUGGGCUAAAAGAUUGAAAGAAGUCGAUAUGCAUCGAAGCACAGACUGCAUUACGCCUAAGGAUUCCUCCAGCUCUGAUUCCGAUUUAUUGAAGAACAAUCCAAUUUGGCCCCCUAGACCUAGAUCCCCGAAUAAUAAAGAACCACCUUUGCUUUCUCCACAAGCUAAGCCAAUACCGGCCGAUCCAUCUCUUAGUGACAGCGCCCGAAGUAUCUCAAGCCAAGAAGCUGACGAUGCUUUACGAGCUGCUGAAGAUGCUGCUUCGAAAAAGACGAGGGUGAAACAAAGCCUCAUGAAAAGAGCCAGAUCUGUUGCUAUAUUUUCUCUGAAGCUGAAAGAAAGGCGUGCUAGAGAGGCUUUAGAAAAAGCAAACAAAUCAGUCACACCUGUAGCAUCCCCACUACCUCCUCCACAGUGUGGCGGAGGAGAAUUAUCAUGCAUACCAAUUGAAAAGCUCAUUCAAUUAGAGGACAUAAAGAAUAACCAGAGGCCUAAUGCAAGUGGUACCUUGUAGUACAGUUGUCAAUUGUCAGUUGUUUUAGUGAAAAAUAAUAACGAUUAUUGAGGAUAAUAACUUUUAAUUUUUUAUUGUACAAUGAUAUAGUCUGGGGCUGAAUUACUUCUGUUGCUUUUUUAUAGUUUUGGUCGAAUAAAUAAUGUCAGAAAUUGUA